CGCCGGGAGUCGUGAUGGGGCUCUUGUUGAUGAUGUCGUCGAAAGGCGACUCGGCCGUGAUUGGCCAGUUUGAAGGGACCUCUUUUUAGCGCCAUGGCGGCGCCUCCGGGGAGUGCUCUGAGGAGCCACCGACGGCGGAGCACUCCCGUCGUAGAUGAAUGCGUUACAGAAUUUAUUAAGAGGACCGUUCAGAAAAUGUCUAUUGCUGAACUGAUGAACAAUUUAAGAGCAUGGGGCUUUUUAACAGAUGCAGAGCUCCAGACAUUACCAGCAAAGACCACCAGGGAAUAUAUAGCACUGCAAGUGGUUCAUCUGUGUGAGGCAAAACAGGCUACAAUAAAUCAAGCAGCAGAUUUGGAUAUCAUCUAUAAUCAUUCUAAUGCAAAUAGGAGGACGUGGGAGGUUUAUCAGAUGUCUAAGCCAACUGAUUCUGAAAUGAAUCACAUCGAUGUGUCGGAAUUCAAAGCACGCUUCAAGAAAGUCAUUCACUCAGUUAUGAAAAAUGUAACUAUCCACUUCAAAGAUUUUGAAGAUGCAAUGUGGAUCCGCUUAGCUUGGAGUCAAACUAGUAUGAAGCCCAAUCAAUACAGACCUACAUUUGUUGUGUACCAUACCCAAACGCCUUACGUCUUUGUUUCAAGUCUUUCAAGUACCUUCCGUCCUGUCUUGUGUCAAGCACUGUUAAGUGCUGCUAGAUACAGUCAUUUUCAGCAGAUGGACCUGAAAAGUCGGUGCUUGGAUUCCCUGAAAGACAUAGUCUUUAAGAGGUUCAAUCAGAACUUACAAGCAUACCACCCAAGACCGCUUCAAGAGAGAAACUAUGUGCCAGCCAUAUUGGAUCCAAGAGUGACUUAUGAAAACCUUAAGGAAAAAGACAGGGUUCAUUAUCUGACUCGUGAAACAUUUGGAGAUGGGCCCCUUCCAAAAUUGGAUCAUGCGUCCUAUAGGCUGGAAACCACGUUCAAAGGGGUACCUGGCAUUUCUGAAGAGAUUGAACCCUUACGAUGUGUUGUCAAGUUCUCUGGCCCCAACCUCCUUGAGUCAAUCAGGUCACUGGCACCAUCAGGUGUUGCAGAGGCACCUAUCUCAAGCCUAUUGACAUGUAUACCUCACAGAGCCAGAAAUAUUUUUAAAAUCUCGGAUAAGAGACCAUUACAACCCACCAGCAGCCAGGCCACCAACUAGUGAUUUCAUUAAGAGGUAUCCAAGGACGUGAUUUUGAGGCAACCAGGUUGGACUGGUCCUAUUUGGUUACUCAGGAAGCAAGAUGGAUCCUAAUAAAGAUGGCUCGCUUACACCUCUUACAGGACCAGAUCAGGAAGCAGGAUUGCCCAAUGUAUGCAUUUUAUUUUUUAUUGGCUUUUGCAGCUGAGGACGACCAAGAUCAUUCAUCUGAAAAACGAAGAAAAUCAUUGGGCUGUAAUAGUAAGCCACAAGUAAACCGUUUUCCAAGGGCUUGUGUUGAGAUGUGAGGAGCAGGUGACAAAUAAGAUUUCAGCUUUCAUUUCUUUUCAGUGGUCAGUGCAGUGUUAUGCUAUAAAUUUUUUGUAUGAAACAUUAAAGGGGUUGUACAGGUUUGUUUUUUUAUUUUCUAAUUGGGUUGCUUUUUAAGCCUGUG